UGAAACCGUUUCUUUUCUAGAGAGAGAAAGUCCUUCCGUUUCUCUCUCAACCCCAAAAUUCAAUGAGAGAGAAAGAGAGGACUUCCAACUGAAAAUGGAGUUCGUCGGAAAAAGUGUGACGAAAGAGCUGGAAGGCCUCGCCGGAACUGUGAAAUCCUACUCCGCCUCCUCCGGAUUCUUCCAGGUCGUUUUCGAAGACGGAACUUCCGAAGAAUUUGACUCCGCCCAGCUCUCUCUUCUCCUCGCCGCCGCCCCCGAACCCGACCCGCUUCAGGUCAAACCGGGCCGACCCGCCCGGAAACCUAGGAAGCGACGCCGUACAGGUAAUUCUGGUAGCUCUAUUUUGGGGGAGGAGCUUGUGAGUAAUCCUAGUGAUGCCAAGGAGGGGAUUGAUUUGAAUGCGGGGUUUAAUUUUAGCCUGAACGAUGCUGCUGAGCUUAGUGCCGGUGACAGGGAUUGUAUUGAUUUGAAUUUGGAUGCCAGUGGCUUUGAUUCGGUUGAGAAUUUCGAUGGGGAUGGUUUCGGUGGUUCGAGUGUUGUAGUGACCAAGAGGAGGGGUUGCGAUUUCGAUUUGAAUUUGGAGGUGGCUGAGGAGGAUAGGGAUGCAGAGGGUGACAGUGUUAGUCCUAAGUUUGAGAGGAUUGAAGAGAGUCGAAACCGAGAGGAGACGAGUGGAGAUCCCCAAAGAAAUGGUGUUGAGGAUGGUAAUGCUGAUGAGAAACGGAAGCAAGUGUGUAUUGAUAUCAAUCAAGAUGUUAACUUGGAUGGCAUUGAGUGUGCUGUUGGGGAAAGAGUUAGUGAUUUGAAUCGGUGUUGCGGUGGAGAUAUGAAGGUGGAGUCUUCUGUUCGGGAUAUGAAUGGUAGUGCUAUUGAGGAUAAUUGUAUGGUGAGAGAUGAUCCUUCUGAAGCUGUUGCUCCAAUGACUCUUGGGUGUGUAGGUGAUUCAGCAAGUCUGAGUGUUCAGAAAAGUAGCCGAAGAAAGAGAAGAAAGCUACCGGAGAAUUUGAUGUCUGCUACAACAGGGACAGUUUUGAAUGUUAACGGUGUGGUGAAAGAUGAUCUAUCUGAAGCUAAUACUCCAAUGAUUCAUGGGCACCUAGGUGAUUCCGCAAGUCUAAGCAUUCAGAAAAGUAGCCGAAGAACAAGAAGAAAGCUACCGGAGAAUUUGGUGUCUGCUACAACAGAGACAAUUUUGAAUAUUAACGGUGUGGCGAAAGAUGAUCUGUCUGAAGCUAAUACUCCAAUGAUUCAUGGGCACCUAGGCGAUUCUGCAAGUCCAAGCAUUCAGAAAAGUAGCCGAAGAACAAGAAGAAAGCUACCAGAGAAUUUGAUGUCUGCUACAACCGAGACAGUUUUGAAUAUGAGUGUUCUUAAGGAUAACGGUGUGGUGAAAGAUGAUCUGUCUGAAGCUAAUACUCCAAUGACUCAUGGGCGCGUAGGCGAUUCAGCAAGUCCAAGUGUUCAGAGAAGCAGCCGAAGAAUGAGAAGAAAGCUACCAGAGUCUACUACCACUGAGACAGUUUUGAGGAGAAGUUCUCGCAGAGGAUCUGUUCAGAAUCAUGUAUCUAUUGCAUCAUAUGGUGUUAGUAAUCCAGUGUCAUCUUCGGCAGUUAUAACAGAGGAUGUACCAGUGAUAUCUAGCAGUGAAGAAGCAGAUGAGCCUAGUGUUGCUCCUCAGAAGCUUGAAUUACCCCCUUCAUCACAACAUUUGAAUUUAGAGGGCAUCCCCGUACUUGACCUUUUUUCUAUUUAUGCCUGUUUGAGAUCAUUUAGUACUCUAUUGUUUCUGAGUCCCUUCAAGUUGGAAGAUUUUGUGGCAGCGCUGCAAUGCAAGUCUCCUAGUUCGUUAAUUGAUUCUGUUCAUGUUUCUAUUUUGCAAACCCUAAGAAAGCAUUUGGAGUCCCUUUCAAAUGAAGGUUCUGAAUCUGCUUCUGAUUGUCUAAGGAGUCUUAAUUGGGAUUUUCUGGACUUAAUUACCUGGCCAGUUUUCAUGGUUGAGUACUUUCUGAUUCAUUGUUCAGGAUUGAAACCUGGAUUUGACCUGGGUCACUUUAAGCUACUAAAAAGUGACUACUACAGUCAGCCUGCUUCUCUAAAGGUUGAGAUUCUUGGCUGUCUAUGUGAUGAUUUGAUAGAAGGGGGAGCCAUAAAAUCAGAGAUUAAUAGAAGGUGUUCGACAUCUGAACAUGACAUGGUUUUUGAUCGUGAUGUCAACUUUGACGUCUGCAAGAAAAGGAAGGCUUCUGUACAAAUUGCUGGUAGCUCCAGUUUGAAUGAUGAAAAUGUUGAUGAAACCCCCGACUGGAAUAGUGAUGAAUGCUGCCUCUGUAAGAUGGAUGGGAACUUAAUAUGCUGUGAUGGCUGUCCAGCAGCUUACCAUUCAAGAUGUGUAGGAGUUGUCAGUGAUCUUUUGCCCGAGGGUGAUUGGUAUUGCCCUGAGUGUAUGAUUGAUAGGCAUAAACCUUGGAUGAAACUCCGCAAGUCACUUCGAGGUGCAGAGUUAUUGGGAAUCGAUCCUCAUGGUCGGCUGUAUUUUAAAAGCUGCGGCUACCUGUUGGUAUCGGGCUUUUGUGAUGAUGAAUCUGCAUUCAGUUACUAUCACAGAGAUGAUCUAAACAAGGUCAUUGAAGUGCUAAGGUCUUCAAAAUUUUCCUAUGAUGGGAUAUUAUUGGGAAUCUAUAAGCACUGGGACAUUCCUGCUACCUUUGAUGGAGCAGCUAGUGGCAAGCCCCUGGACCAAUUGGAAUUUUCAGAAACAUGUGGUGCUAAAAAUGAGAUUCAGGAGGAUAUAAAACUGCAAGAGAAGCUUUGUAAUCUUGGUUCUGAUGUUUCAAAUGAAGUGCUGAGAAGGCCUGUCAUUCAGUCUGAUUCAAAUAAACUUGCUGAUACUUUAAAUCAAUCAGAUUUGGUCGGGAAACUUCAUCCUGAGGACUCUUCUUUGACAUCUACUUGCUUAGAUGCCAGACAAGAGAGUAAUGGUUCUAUCCAUCUUGGCAAUAUGUCGUCCGCUAUAACGACUAAAAAACUGGGCACAUCAGAAGUACAAAUUGCAACUGAUUACAUAAAUUACUAUAGUUUUGGAAAAAUUGCUUCAUCUAUUGCAGAGGAGUUCAUGUCUAAAGCUUCAGAAAAAAAUAGGGAGGGUGCAGUAAUUACAGAAGAGGAAAUAGUAUCUGCGCAGAUGAAGACCAUUAUAAAAAAAUCUUCCAAGUUUUCCUGGCCCAAUAUUGAGAACUUAAAUAUAGAUGUGCAGAAAGAGAAAUGUGGUUGGUGCUUCUCUUGCAAAUAUCCUGCGGAUGAUAGGGAUUGCUUGUAUAUUAUGAGUAAGCAGCCUUUACAGGACGUUUCCAAGACUGAUGUAGUUGGACUUGGGUUGAAAAAAACCCCCAAAGAUCAUCUUAGUGAUGUCAGCUGUCAAAUUUUGUCCAUUCAUGAUCGCAUGCUUGGGCUUUUGUUGGGUCCGUGGUUGAACCCCCAUCAUACAGAAUGCUGGCGGAAUAGUCUUCUUAAUGCAUGCGAUCUUGCAUCUGUUAAGCAUUUGCUGCUCCUGCUAGUGGAAAAUUUGCAUUAUCGUGCAUUGUCAGCAGAUUGGUUGAAACAUGUGGACUCUGUUGUUACCAUGGGUUCUGCUUCUCAUGUUGUCACUUCAUUACGUGCAUGCUCAAAGAACAUGAACAGCAGAAAGAGGCCCAAGUUUUCAGAUAUUGAUUCGAAUCCAUCUUCAAAUGCUGGCAGUGGAUUGGGAAUGUUUUGGUGGAGGGGUGGCAGGCUUUCUCGUCAGGUGUUUAGUUGGAAAAUUUUGCCUCGCUCCUUGACAUCUAAGGCUGCCAGACAAGGUGGGUGCACUAAAAUAAUGGGUAUAUUGUAUCCUGAGAAUUCAGAAUAUGCAAAGAGAAGCAAAUAUAUUGCCUGGCGAGCUACUGUUGAAACAUCAACUAGUGCAGAACAUCUGGCUUUGCAGGUUAGGGAGCUUUAUUCAAAUAUUAGGUGGGAUGAUAUUGAGAACACACACCCUCUGCCUAUAUUGGACAAGGAAUCUACAAAAUCACUCAAGCUUUUCAGGAAAGUCAUUGUCCGCAGGAAGUGCUCUGAAAAGGAAGCGGUAAAAUAUCUUCUUGAUUUUGGCAAGAGAAGAGCAAUCCCCGACAUUAUCAGGAAACAUGGUUCUGUGCUUGAAGAACCAUCCAGCGAAAAGAAAAAGUAUUGGCUUGAAGAAUCAUAUCUUCCACUGCAUCUUUUGAAGAAUUUUGAGGAGAAAAGAAUUGCCCGCAAGUCUAGUGAUGGAAAGUCUGGUAAAGCUAUUGCGGAUGGUAAAGUAAUAAAGCGGCCCCAGGAUGAAAAGGGAUUUGCUUAUUUGUUUGCCAAAGCAGAAAGAUCGGAGUAUUAUAAGUGUGGACACUGCCACAAAGAUGUCCUUAUAAGGGAAGCUGUGAGUUGUCAAUUCUGCCGAGGAUUUUUCCACAAAAGACAUGCGAAGAAGUCUGCCGGGGCCAUUGUUUCUGAGUGUACGUAUACAUGUCACCGAUGCCAGAAUGGGGUCUCUUCGAAGAUUGAUACGAAAAGAGGGAAAGUGGAUAAAAAGAGAGGAAAAGUUGGUAGGAAAAGAGGGCCAGUUGAAACAAAAUUAGUGAAGGUACAGUCCCAGAAAUUGAAAAGUUCUCAAACUGAUCGCAGAUCACUGCGUUUGAAAAGCAAAAGAAAACCUUUAGCUGGAGGAAGACAGGUACAAUUGAAAAAUACCAAAAAGGUUCCGGUAACACUUUUACGCCGCUCUCCAAGGAAAACUAAAAGCUUGACAUUGCAAAACAAAAAGCAGAGCAAACGCAAGAAAGGGAAACAGAGCAAAUCCAAGAAGGGGACAUAUAAGAAACAAAAGAUAGGGACUUCGUGGCAGAAAAAGAGAACAAAAGUUUAUCGCAGUUAUUGGCUAAAUGGUCUCCAGUUUUCUAGAAAGCCAGAUGAUGAACGUGUUGUGCUUUUUAGGGAUAAAAAACUACUUGCGAACUCUGGCUGUUCUUCCAACAUUCUUAGUCAACUCAAAUGCCAGCUCUGUUGCGAAUCAGAAUAUGCAUCUACGUUAGAUUAUAUCGGGUGUGAACUAUGUGGAGAGUGGUUUCAUGGAGAGGCUUUCGGGCUGGCUUCAGAGAACAUUCAUAAGCUAAUUGGAUUCAGGUGCCAUGUGUGUCGUAAAACAGAACCUCCUCUCUGCCCCCAUCUGGUAGUUGUGAAAACUGAUGUGUCCCAAUUGCCUGAAGCUCAAAAUGAUGGUUCCGUUAAUUGUUCAGAGGACGUACCUAAUGCAGUCCCGACUUUGAGUGAGAUCACAGGGGGACAUAGGCGAAGUUCGUUGAACCUCAACAACAAUUUUUGUGUGGCUUUUCCUUUCGAUUGGUCUUGUAUGUUAUCCUAUAUUUAGUAUGCAUGGUCCUGGCAAAGUGCAUUAUUCACUACACUUCCCGAUUAUCUACUAUUGCAGAUUACAUGCAAAUGAAUUAAUUUGCGAUUGCAAGGUGGGGUCUUCAUUGGGCUUGUGUUCUGAUUCAUGUGAUCUUUAGACGUACAUGGAGGGAUUCUUAUUGGUGGGGUCACUUGCAUAAUUUUGAAAGGAGUGGGUUUCACAGUUCAUCACUCAAGAUUUCUGAUAAGGGGAGAGAAUUUUGAUAAGGAGAAGUGGAAGUUCAGAAGGUACAUCCAUGCAAUGAAGAAAUUUGUGGCGACAAGGACAUAUUUCAAGAACCAUCAUUACGAAUUGACAGAGCAGGCCAAAUUGGUGAAAUUGAAAACUCUUCAGAUUGGGUUCCUUAGGGAUGGACUUUAUAGAGUUGCCUGACAAUACAUGAUUCGGUUGUGGAAGAUCCAGUUUUUUCAUCCUGGUCUGAUCAAUAUUAGUUGGCAGUAAUUAUGAUAAUUCUUGCAAUUAACUCUAAGUAGAGUAGAGAAGGCAAAUAGGUAUCUCUUAGGGAUGGGUAGACAUUUUAGAUGAUAUACAAUUUUUUCUUGGUCAAAAUAGAUGGACAAUAGUAGCAGUUAGAUCUUAGGUUGCCAUGGUGUUUCAUUUCGGGAUGGGGUAGACAUUAGACAUGUUAGAUAAUUUACAUCUUUUCUUUCAGUGGUAUUAGACGAUGCCAUCACUGAACUUGGCCAUGAUGUUCCUAUUAAUGCUAUCAAAUCAUCUCCCCUUUGUGUCCCAUUCGUUCCAAUUGAAUGAGCUGGGAGGGGGUUGUUGUUGUUGUUUUGCAUUGUAAACUUUCUUUUAAUU